ACAACAAAUAAGGUGUGCAUGGAAGAGUCACAUCCUGACUUGUUUUCUCUUUCUGGUGAGGCAUUUCCAAACCGGCUGCUAAUGCCAUCUUCUGCCUUCAGCCUUUUCCAGGUGUUUGGCACCCGGGCCAUUGCCCCCAGAGCCACUCCCAUCGACUUGGCCAGGAGGCUUUGCUUGAGCCACCCGCCUCCCAUCCGGAAGCUGCUAGACUCCUAUGAAGAGCUGCGGGAAGGUUUGGGCCACCAGCCCUUGCGCCCCUGCCUGAACAAUAAAUUCUCCGUGGAACCGGAAAGGCAGCCGGAUACGGCCAAAGGGUGCCGCAGCAAGAAAAAGAAGAGGGUGGUCUUUGCGGACAUGAAGGGCUUCUCGCUCACGGCCGUCCGGAUCUUCUCCAAAAUCGAGGAAGACCUCUGCGAUCUCCAGCAGGCUCUGUCCCACUUGACCAACUUCCGGAACAAGCUGCGGGGCUCUCGUCCCGAGCCGAGAAAAUACAUGCUGGAUUUCCCCCAACCGUCCGCCGACUACAUGGCUUUCCGCAGCCGCCUGCAGAGUGGCUUUGUCUGCCUGGAGAACUGCCUGAUCCAGGAGAAGUCUAUCUCGGGGACCGUCAAGGUCAUAAACAUCAGCUACGAGAAGGAAGUGUACAUCCGCAUUACCUUUGACUCCUGGAGGAGGUUCUGUGAUAUCGGUUGCCAGUACAUGCCCAACACCUACGGUUACACCGACACGGAUACCUUCUCCUUUGAGGUCCCACUACCUAAAGGGCCAGCUCCCUGUGACACCAUUGAGUUUUGUAUUUCCUUUCACUGUGGCCAGAAAGUUUAUUGGGAUAACAACCAUGGGAAGAACUACAUCAUACGGCAAGCGAUGGGUCCUUCGCCUCCCAGUGCCCUUUCCCGUCUGGGAAAGGGCACCCUCACCAACGGCGAACCACUGGGCACCUCUCGGGCUGCGGCUCUGGUCCUUUCUCGCUUGCAGACCUGGAGGCGUUCGGAGAUCCAGACAUACUGGUAGUGGAUGCUUUGAACCAUGCUCUCUCCACAUCAUUCCUGUUCUUCUCUUCAACACUUUGGGACGCUCUGGCGAUGACUCUUCUGCAGCCGGCACCACACAUUGAGUCACUAGUUUGGCCGCCGGUGCUUUGAGAAGCUGUACUUUGCAAUGCAGCCAUAACUCUCCAGCUUCCUGGGAUCAAUAGUUUGGCGGCCUGUGUCUGGAGCAUUGUUGUGCAAUGUGUCCUUAAGUCUUGUGGAGGGAACAGGAUUGCCUGGAGCAAAGACACCUUGGCUCACGGACACUCUCUAGAUGGAUGUUGCAGGCCAUGCGCAACACUAGGAGAAGAAGGAAAGAAUGGGCUCUUCCCUUUAUUCUUCUACAAACAGGAAUUGGAAGGGACCAUGGACAGAGCCUUUUCAGGGCUUUGCUUUAUUAGGCAUGAGCUAGCAAAGUUAUCAAGAGCUAGCAUAACCUAGUUGCUUAGCUUUCUGAGCCACAAAGUCCCAGGGGUUGUUCAGAUGGUGAAAAUAACCCAGGAGGAACCUGGGUUGAAUCUCCGUUGUUCACAUGCACCCAGAAUGCACCCCAUUAAGUUGGGGAGGGGCUGCCAAUAACCCACUUAAUCUGGGAUAAUCAAUAUUGGGGUUUUCCCCGAGUUUUUAAAAAAAGAUCUGCAUUGUCGGUAGUGUGAGUAACCGAUGCGAAUAGACUGGGGUUACGCUCUGCAAACCAAAAUAGGGGUUCCAAAUGCAUUUGCAUUGUCGACUCCAUCUUUAUUCAAAUGCUUGAAGAACCGAAUUCACAGCCAUGUGCAUCACUCCAAGCAGAUCACUGGGUGAGAAGGAAAGAAGACAAUGGAGUGGCAAAAAUAGUCCUGCUUAUAGGAUUGUUGUGCGGAUAUUGCAUACAAUGAGUUCUGAAACAUACAGUGAGUUUUGUACAAUCUUAACAGGUGCAUUCUAUACAUGCACUGACUAGGGCUGCAUCUGCACUGCAGAAAUAAUGCAGUACUACUACUACUAUCCCUAUAUUUAUUUGUAUCCUGCUCUUUUCACAGAACUGGGACUCACAAUAUUAAAACAACAAAAACCAAUACAAUUACAAACACAGAAAAGAGGUGCAGCUUCACACUGCUUGAACUGCCAUGGCUCCAUGCAAUGGAGUUCUGGGGUUUGCCACUUUGUGAGCUAUUUAGCCUUCUCUGCCAGAGAGCUCUGGGACCACAACACACGGCAAAGCCAGUUCAAUAAUGGACUACAAAGUCAG